CAGCACGCGGUUUAGAGCUACUGCUACUACCAAUACUAGAAAUAAAUCAAAACAUCAAAUUCACCCAUUGACCAUUGUUUGCAUUGCUUUUGAGUUCAGUUCCCAGCCGGCAUCCGAGAAGAUCACAUCCAUAUAAACCCGCGCAUAUUUGAGCUACAUUUUACGGCCAAAGUUUCUCCGUUGAUCACCUAUUGGAAGCUAUCCAAUGACCUACCGACAAGGAUGCCACCGUACUACAUCUCCAUUUUGAUCGUGAUUCUCACGAUUGGCACUCUGCAAGCGGGUGUCGUUCGUCGGUCGUCGCCUUCGCCGUCAUCAUCAAGCGAUUCGCAAACCGACGCUGAACGGAAGGCCAGAGGACUGGUGGAACGAUGUGAAAAGCACUACCAGGAGGCAAAAGCUAAACAAACGCAUGCUGCCUGGGCCUACGCAUCCAAUAUAACCGAACCGAACCUGAUACGAAAGGGACAGGCGGCGACCGAGUUUGCCGCGGUUGCUAAGUUUGUAGCCCAGGAUGUGCGUCAGCAUGACUAUCAAUCGUUCCGGGAUGAGGAUUUGAAGCGUCGCAUCAAGAAACUGGCCAAGCUGGACUAUGCCGCCUUGCCGGAGAAUCAGUUCAAGGAGUUGUUCGCUGCGGUUGCCAGUAUGGAGUCGAACUAUGCGAAAGCUAAAAUUUGCUCGUACAAGGACGAGUCCAACUGUAAUCUGGCCUUGGAUCCGGAAAUAACGGAAGUUAUGGCCACCAGUCGCGAUCCGGAGGAGCUGAGGUACUAUUGGGUUAAAUGGCACGACAAGGCUGGUAAGCCGGUCAAGGAAUCAUUCCAAAAGUAUGUAGAACUAAACAAGGAGUCAGCUAAGAUAAAUGGUUUCAAUAACGGAGCGGAAGUGUGGUUAGGAGAAUACGACGAUCCAACUUUCGAGCAACAGGUGCAGGACGUGAUCACCCAAAUUCGACCGCUAUAUGAGCAAAUUCACGCUUACGUUCGCUUUAAGUUGCGAGAAAAGUACGGAGCGAGUGUGGUUUCCGCCAAAGGACCAAUUCCGAUUCAUCUACUUGGAAACAUGUGGGGACAAACUUGGGAUAAUAUUGUUGACUUCACUACUCCCUUCCCGGAGAAGAAACUUUUAGAUGUAACCGACGAAAUGAUAAAACAAGGUUAUACUCCGCUGAAGAUGUUCCAGAUGGGCGACGAUUUCUUUCAAUCUUUAAAUAUGACGAAACUACCACAAGCAUUCUGGGACAAGAGCAUCCUGGAGAAACCGACAGACGGACGGGAUCUGGUGUGUCAUGCCAGCGCCUGGGACUUUUUCGCGAAGGAUGACGUUCGUAUCAAGCAGUGCACUCGGGUUAACAUGCGUGAAUUCUUCAUAGUUCAUCACGAACUCGGUCACAUCCAGUACUAUCUGCAGUAUCAGCAUCAACCGGUCGAAUACCGACGGGGAGCGAAUCCCGGGUUCCACGAAGCCGUGGGCGACGUUCUUUCACUUUCAGUGUCAACGCCGAAACACCUGAAACGGGUCGGAUUGCUCAAAGACUACGAAGAGGACGAGCAAGUAAAAAUCAACCAGUUCUAUCAAUCGGGCGUCACAAAAUUUGUCUUCCUGCCGUUCGCCUAUACCAUGGAUAAGUACCGCUGGAGCAUUUUCCGGGGUGAAAUCAAACCAGAAGAAUACAACUGCCGCUUCUGGCAGCUACGUAGUCAGUUUUCCGGUGUAGAACCUCCGGUGGUUCGUAGCGAGCAGGACUUUGAUCCUCCUGCCAAGUAUCAUGUGUCGGCUGAUGUCGAAUAUCUGCGCUACUUCGUGUCCUACGUAAUCCAAUUUCAAUUCCAUAAGGCUGCCUGCAAACUGGCCGGAGAGUACGUUCCAGGUGCUUCGGAAAAGACACUGAACAAUUGUGACAUCUAUCAAAGCACCGCGGCGGGAAAUAAGCUCAAGGAGAUGCUUUCGCUGGGAGCCUCGAAGCCAUGGCCGGAUGCGAUGGAGAUCCUGACGGGAGAACGUAAAAUGAGUGCCGACGCCAUCUUGGAGUACUUCAAACCGCUACAUGACUGGUUGAGCCAGGAAAACAAGCGACUUGGAGCCCAUGUUGGUUGGACUGAUUCCGAAAAAUGUGCUACGAACAAUUUCGAUUUUAUGCCCAGUAGGAAGUGAUUGCAGUUGGAUUUUACGAAUGAAACUAAUUGUUUUGCAUCCUGAUGAUUGAAUCAUGCUGCAGCUGUUGAUGUUCUUUUACUAAAAAAAUACAUAGCUUUUAAAUUAAUUGUUGGAAA